CACUGCCCGUAACUAAUCAUUCUUUACUUUUUAAAUGAAGGAAAAGUGCAUACUCCUCACAUAAAUAUUUCCUGGAGGAUUUAAAACCCCUUAUUUUCCAGUCAUCUGAAUGUGGAAGAUUUUGACCAAUUGACAAGUAGAAUUUUUUAAAACUUGGAUUUUUAAUAAUGUCACUCAGUGAACCCCGUUCGCUUCCCCCUCGAGCAUUGCCUCCACUAACCGCUGGUGCUUCACAUGUUGGUGAUGGAUCACAAGUGCCGACCCCUAGAAAGAAAACCAGACCACCUACCAGCGGAGCAGACAAUUCACCCGGUACAGGUCCGAAACGACCUGUGACGAAAACGAGACGUCGAAGAAGUCCUAGACAACAGGAUGGAAUCGAAACAGGAUCUCUACAACCAUCUUCAGCAGCGGCAAGUGUAGCUGAUGAAAUUCAAAUGAGUGAAGGAAGUGGACCUUCUUCCACUGCAAAACCUAGGACAAAGAGGAGAAGAAAACCAGCUGGUGCUAAUCAGAGUCCUGGUGGAACAGGAGAGGUAUCCACUGGAAAUACAGUUUCAGCAUUGCUACAAGAUGAAGAUGUAGUAAAUGUUGAGAAAAUUGAAGAUGCUAUAGUAAUGACAAAUCUUCCUGGUGUUGCUGCUGGAUCAGGUGGCAGUGCGGCAACUGACAAAGUCUAUGUACAAACUACCAAUGGAUUUGCAACACACAAUCAAGAUUGGGUGAAUGACCGUUUUAUGAAAAGUAUGGGAAGCGAAGCACAAAUGACAUAUGGAGAGGCAACAAUGAAACCGUCCAAUAUUGCCGAGCAAAAUGAGAAAGCAUUUAUGUUCAUUACAUUAUUACUGCAUGGUGCACUAGCUGGAUUCUCAAUAUGGCAGAUUGUCAUCAGCUAUUCCUUGAAUGGUUUAGGGGAGCAGAAUCUUCUAACUCAGUAUCAAGGUCUCGCAAUGCCAACACAAACAGUCUACUAUAUCAUCCUCAUAUUAUGCGUAGUUUCAGCAAUGGAUAGAUAUGAUUUUGCAGCUCGGGACAAACAUAUUUUCACGAGUCUUGCUAAAUUUGAUCUUGCGUCUGUAGCCGUAAUUGUAUACUAUGUUGCUCUCAUGUUCAGUGUUGGCAUGGUGGGUCUCGAAGCAUGGAUUGGAUCAGGAGUGGGUAUUACUGUCACAACCACCACAACAACAAUAUCAACACCAAGUUCAACGCAGGCACCACUUCCACCUGAACUUGCCGGAACAAACUUGGACACCUCAGUCACCAUAAACACAUGGUUGACUUUGAAUGUUUUCCGAGCAGUAUUUGCUUGCUUGGGAUGGUUGAUAAUCGCAUUCGAUCCAUUGAGAAAUGAUAUGAUCUGGGAAUAAGUAGUCCUAUCUUUUUACGUGGCAUCCUAGCAAAGUGCAUUGGACACAUAUUUAUAACACAAUGUUGAAGCCCUUUUUGUUUUAUAUUAGAUCAAUAUUUUUAUAUAUAUAACAAUACCUUCCUGUUUUCAUAUUAUAAAAUACUACAACUAGAUGCAAGAAAACUAUUUUAUUAUCAAACGAAUUAAAUAAUACAGUACGCGAA